UCGACUUCACGCGAUCCUUCAAGGCGAAGAAACGAAGCAGGGAAGGGGGAGAUCGGCGCUAGGGUUUUGAUCCAAGUAUGCCGAAGAACAAGGGAAAGGGAGGGAAGAACCGGAAGAGGGGAAAGAACGAAGCCGACGACGAGAAGCGCGAGCUGGUCUUCAAGGAGGACGGCCAGGAGUACGCUCAGGUCCUCCGGAUGCUCGGAAACGGCCGCUGCGAGGCGACGUGCAUCGACGGAUCGAAGCGCCUCUGCCAUAUCCGCGGCAAGAUGCACAAGAAGGUCUGGAUCGCCGCCGGGGACAUCAUCCUCGUCGGCCUCCGAGACUACCAGGACGACAAGGCGGACGUCAUCUUCAAGUAUAUGCCUGACGAGGCCCGUCUCCUUAAGGCCUACGGUGAGCUCCCUGAGAACAUCCGCCUCAACGAGGGCAUCGGGGGGCUCGACGAGGAGGACGAGGGCGGUGCCGAUGACUACAUCGAGUUCGAGGAUGAAGAUAUCGACAAGAUCUAAGGUAGCAGUGUUCUCUCCUAUCUGUUGAUGAGAUUUUCCUUAUCGUCGUCUUAAAUCCGCUUCUGGGAAUUGGGUAAUAACAUAUGUGUAUGCUGUUAAGGUCUUGAUUUCUGUGAUAGCUGUCGGUCUUGAAUAAGGUUAUAGUUCUUGUUUGAUGUGAUGAAUGGUGCUUGUAUUUCACUCGAGUGGGCUGUAAAAAUAACAUCUUUGAACAUCUUUAGUUUGAUUGUUGCUCUACCCUUUUGAACA